AUGGAACUUCGCCGUCUCUUCCCCGUCUUGGUCCUGCUCCUCCUCUCCGCCUCGCUUCUUCCGCUCGCGUCCUCCCGAGAGUUUCCGUCGCAGGCAAUCGGCCGCUUGCGCUCCCCAAGGCAACUCGACUGCAGCAAGACGUCUUGGCCCGAGGUGCUGGGCAUGACGGGCGAGGCGGCUCAAGCUUACAUCCAGGCGUCUGUGCCGCAGUGCAACUGGGACACCGUAAUCAUCCCGUUUGGGGCGAUGGUCACCGCGGAUUAUCGCACCGAUCGCAUUCGCAUCUUCGUGGACCCUGAAGGGAUUGUUCGGUCAAUUCCCGUGGUUGGGUAA